AUGCGUCGAAAUGACUUCACACACUUACUGAACGGCCUUACUGCUGCCCCCAGGUUCCAAUACGAGGAGGACGUGAAGAAGAACUCGCUGAACUACGACGCGUGGUUCGACUACGUGCGAUUAGAGGAGAGCAACGGCGACACGGAGAAGGUGCGGGAGGUGUACGAGAGGGCCAUUGCAAACAUCCCGCCUGCAGAGGAGAAGCGCUACUGGCAAAGAUACAUCUACCUGUGGAUCAACUACGCGUUGUACGAGGAACUAGAGGCGGACGACCCGGAGCGGACGCGGGACGUCUACCGCGAGUGUUUGCGGAUGAUACCCCACAAGAAGUUUAGCUUCAGCAAGAUCUGGAUCAUGGCCGCGCAGUUCGAGAUCCGGCAAAAGGACCUUGCGGCAGCGCGAAAGAUUCUGGGGACUGCCCUUGGGAUGGCGCCCAAAGACAAGGUGCGUGCUGCGGGCUGCAAUCAUCUUCCGGACGUACAUCGCAUCGAGCUGACGCCGGCCGAGGUAGACCGGUGCCGGCAGCUGUACGAGAAGUAUCUAGAGUGGGCGCCUAGCAGCUGCUACGCCUGGACCAAGUUUGCGGAACUAGAGCGGACGCUCAACGAGUUUGACCGCGCGCGCGGCAUCUUCGAGCUGGCGAUCGCGCAGCCGGUGCUGGACACGCCGGAGCUGCUCUGA